AGACUCAGUCGAGACACGUUUGAUCGACUGGUAGCGCUCCUUGGUUGUAAUCCCAUCUUCGUGUCAACUGGUCGCAGGCCUCAGCGUCAUGUCAAGUACCAGCUUGGCGCAUUUCUCUUUCGCUAUGGGCGACUAGGAACCGACUCCCUCGAUGUUGCUCAGAAACUGGGUGUCGGGCAUGGAACCGUUGUUUUGUACUGCAAGCGCGUUACACGAGCGAUCCGCGAACUCCGUUCCCAGUACUUACAAUGGCCGACUAAAGCUCAACGCGAAGCGAUUGCGAGUGCCAUCGAGGACAAGUCUGGCUUUCCCAAAUGUGUUGGCUCAUGCGACGGGAGCUUGAUACGCUUCUGUGAAGAGCCUAUCGUUGAUGGACAUGUGUAUGUAUCACAAAAGAAGAGCUACUCAACAAACAUUCAGACAACGGUCGACCACACCGGUCGCUUCACGUCUUAUGACUUGGGAUGGCCAGGUUCUGUGCCUGACUCCUGCAUCUUCAGGAAUUCCCAUAUAUGGUCACACCGUCACCUAUACUUUUCAGAGGGUGAAUAUAUCUUUGUUGAU